AUCGAUGCCGUCCCGGUUACUAAUUAUGGCGUUGAUUAUAAAUCUAGUCUAAAAUCUAGAAAUUUUGUUAAAGACACAAUAAUCUCUGAAUUGGGAAUAUUUGGUUCAAUCUUAGCUGAUGGUGAACAAGUUUAUUGUAACGAAGAAGGAGGUUAUUUGCUUCGAAGUAAACGAGUUAAUGACACCGAAGCUGGAAUUGCAGCCGGAGCUGGAUUUCUUGAUGCUCCUUAUCUCUUUUAAGCGUAUUCUUUGACAAAUUUUACUGCCAAAGUUAAUCUACAUUUUAUUUAAUGCCUUUUCCAGAAUCGCUUUACCCAUUUUUGAUUUUUUUGACUAUUUUAUCCAAGAUUGUAAUAUUUGACUGAUUGAUGCUCAAUUUCAAAGACUUAUUUUUUUGAAUAGUGACAGCUAAACAUGAUUAAUUAGUCAACUUAUCUAUUUCAAUUUUUGCUCGUUAUGAAAAAAAACAGAAGCAUAAGUGAAAAAGACUUAAUGAUAUUUUGAUUGCUUCAAGCAUUCCGUUGGUUCCCCUAAACAAGUUUGCUGCUAUUUGUCGAUGGACAAUGGACCAGGAAAUAUGAAAAAUGUGAUUUACCAAGUUGCUUUUGCCUUGCUUCAGUUUGCUAAGAUAUUAUAAAUCAAAUUAUUUAGUUAUGGACCAAUAUUUGCCAGGAUUCAACAGUUUAUUUCAAUCGGAUGUUGACUUGUUUGCAGUUAAUCUAGAUAACCAGCUAGCUGAUUCUUAUGAAGAGCCUCAUCAACGGCAAGUGGCCAAUGGACGGGAAAGAAAUCGGACUCAAAGCCUAAAUCAAGCCUUGACCUGUUUAAGAAAUUUGAUUCCCACUGAACCUCCAGACCGUAAAUUGUCCAAAAUAGAAACUCUUCGACUAGCAGUAUCUUAUAUACGACAUCUUGACAAUCUAAGGAUAACAAGGUUAUCAGGAUAUUUUGUUGAUGAUCCAUGCUUGAGAAAGAAAAAGCUGACCGGUGAAAAUAUCUUUGGCUUUGAAUUGGAAGAUCAACCCAAACAAUCGGAUUCAAUCUGUACAUUUUGCUUGACUAAUCGAAAACGCCAUUUUUAAGCAAAUGUCUUGUCUAAUGAUAUAUUGUUAGCUUUGCUUGAAAAAGUGCCCAUUAUGAUUGAACAGUGAAUAUGUGAAAGCAAUACCAACAAUUAAAAUUAAAUAAAUUUUAUAUAAUUUUAGGCAAUCAA